AAUUCAAGUAUAUAUCAAACCUUUUUCCCCAUCAAGAAAACGAGAAUUUCACCAAAAUCAAAAUCCCAUCAAAGGAAACUUGAACACACACACGCCAUGGCAGCAGAAGAGCCCUCAAACUCAUCACCACAAAGCAUGAAAAUCACAGUCCAAAGCAACCCUUCUGCAUCACAGCUCUCUGAGCUCGGCAUCAAAUCUUGGCCCAAGUGGGGUUGCUCUCCCGGGAAAUACCAGCUGAAAUUCGAGGCACAAGAAACGUGCUAUUUAGUGCGUGGGAAAGUGAAGGUGUAUCCCAAAAACAGAGGGGGGGGAGAAGAGGCAGUGGAAUUCGGGGCAGGAGAUCUCGUUGUGAUCCCAAAGGGGCUCAGCUGCACUUGGGAUGUGUCCAUCGCCGUUGAUAAGCACUACAAGUUCGAUGCUGCUGCUUCUUCUUCUGAUUAAGAAUUUUAGAGGUUUGUUUAUUCAACAGUUGAUUGGUGUUGGAUUGAUUGUUUUGGUUGUGGAUGAAGGAAGAGUGUGUGAAAUGUGAAAUGUGAAAUGUGAAAUGUGAAUUGUGAUGUAAUCUGGAAUAGCGGUCAACGUGGAAUGGAAGGGGGGAAUUAUUAGUCAAUGCCACUGGCGUUCAAACAACACUUUAAAUGUGCCUUUUGACUGGUCAAAUCAUUUCAUACUUCAUAUUUCUACA